AGGCUCAGCUCUCUAUAUAGAGGUCUGGCACAGCCAGAUCAAAUCAGUCUCACAGAAGAAGGCUCACACACAGGAUUACAUAGGUAUAUCAUCAUGAGGUUGUUUGUGGUGCUUGCUCUUGUGGCUUUUACUGGCUGCCAAGCCAAUGUUCUGAGGUCAGACGAACCCCAGACACAACUGGGUGUGGUGAAAGGUGCAUUUUGGGACUACUUGGGCAAGGCUUCAAAAACUGUCCAAGAUUCUUUCACAACCCUCAGAGAGUCUGAGUUGGGUCAGCAAGUGAACACCAGGAUCGAAGACAGUGUACAAAUAGCCCGCCAAUACACAGCCAUUGUGCAGGAUCAGGUGUCCAUCGUUGGCCAGGAGGCAUACGACAAGGUUUCGGAACAAGUGGACCGACUCUCAGAGCGCCUGCAGCAGGAUUUAAAAGCAGUGAAGGUGCAGCUGGAGCCCUACACAGAGAAGGUGAGGGCCAACAUUAAGCAGCAGGUAGAGAAGCUGGGGCAGAAGGUGGCCCCCUACACAGAGUUCCUGGAGACCAACUACCUCCAGAAGAGAGAAGAGUUUUUCAGGGUCCUGGACUGGAGUGUGACGGAGCUGCAGACCCUGCUGGGCCCCUCCAGGCAGGAGAAACUGGAGCAGCUCUGGCAGGAUUUCUGGAAGGUUGUGACUCCCCCAGCUAGCAGCGUCAUUCAACAGAUUUCCCAAAGAGCCCAUGACCUUGAGCUGGCCCUGAAUCCCUAUGUAAAUGAUUUUAUGGAGAAGCUGGACCCCUACACCAAGGACCUCAAAUCCGAGCUCAACUCUCUUUGGGAGUCCUUUACAAAUAGUGCCUAAGUGUAGGAGGAGCUUCUCUCAGCUCAGCUUAUCGUUUCUGACUGUCUAAAUCUCUCCGGGGCUCCAAUAGGGUACCCCACGAUCAUCGUUUCUUGGCAGGUUCUUCCAAUACCUGUCAGAUCAUGAGAUUAAUAACAUUGUUCAGUAAGAGCUAAAAGAAUCACAGGCGCCAUUUACACCAUGGCAGCGGGGAACAUGUACCCCCUAAUAUCUCCCCAAAAGUACAGAAAUAUUAACGGCAAAAUAUAUUCACAGAAAAUGAGAAUUUGAUACUUAACUUUGCACUUUAUUUGACCCCUGAGACAUUUAAUUUUUUCUUUGACAUGAACUGUACAAGUUUAUAGAUGCUGUGUUCUCAGUUUUCUAAAAUGUUUUUAAAUAAAGGCAAGAAAAUGAAUAA